GCCAUGGGAGCUCAACUGGGUUUCCCUCGGUCACUGCCGCGGCGGGGGUAGGGUUUCAUCAUUGGAUACGACUGCUCCUCACCCGAGCGGAGAAACCUUCUCGAUUCCACCUUCCUCUGCCGCCUUCUCCCCCUCAUAUCUGUCCUGCGCUUCGCCUCCUGAGUUUCCUUAGAUCUAGCCGAAAAUGGGGUCGUCUCUCCCCUCCAAAGAAGCUAAUCUCUUCAAGGUCAUCGUGAAAUCAUAUGAGACAAAACAAUACAAAAAAGGAUUAAAGGCUGCAGAUACCAUAUUGAAGAAGUUUCCUGAGCAUGGAGAAACCUUGUCCAUGAAGGGAUUGACGUUGAAUUGUAUGGAUCGAAAAACAGAAGCAUAUGAUCUUGUUCGUCGUGGUCUUAAGAAUGAUCUUAAAAGCCAUGUGUGCUGGCAUGUUUAUGGUCUACUGUACCGGUUUGAUAGAGAAUACAGAGAAGCUAUUAAGUGUUACAGAAAUGCUUUGAGAAUUGAUCCUGACAAUAUUGAAAUCCUGCGGGAUCUAUCAUUGCUGCAGGUUCAGAUGCGAGACCUGACAGGGUUUGUUGAAACUAGACAACAACUUUUAGCGUUGAAGCCAAACCACCGCAUGAACUGGAUUGGCUUUGCUGUUGCACACCACUUGAAUUCUAACCCUUUGAAGGCAAUUGAUAUAUUGGAAGCAUAUGAAGGGACGUUGGAGGAUGAUUACCCCCCAGAAAAUGAGCGUUAUGAGCACAGUGAAAUGCUCUUGUACAAGAUUACAUUGCUAGAGGAAAGUGAGUUGCUUGAUAGAGCACUGGAGGAAAUGCACAAGAAGGAGUCUAAAAUUUUAGAUAAGUUAACCUUCAAAGAACAAAUGGCUUCCAUUUUACUGAAAUUGGGGCGCUUUGAGGAAGCGGAAAGGAUAUAUAGGUCCCUACUCUUUAUGAAUCCUGAUAACUAUAGGUAUUUGAUUGGCCUGCAAAAAUGUGUCCAAUUAUACUCUGAAAAAGGUGAAUAUACAUCUGAUGAGAUUGAUAAAUUGAAUGCUUUGUAUAAGUCACUUGAGGAGCAAUAUGGUUCAUCUUCUGCUGUUAAGAGAAUACCACUUGAUUUUCUGGAAGGUGAAAAAUUUCGUGAAGCAGCAGACAACUAUGCGAGACCAUUAUUAACUAAGGGUGUUCCUUCACUGUUCUCUGAUCUCAGCCCCUUGUAUGACCAGAAAGGAAAGGCAUUCAUUCUUGAAGAAUUAUUUCUUUAUCUAGAAGACUCACUUAAAUCUACAGGAUACUUUCCAGGAAGUUCAAAAAAAGAGCCUCCUUCAACAAUCAUGUGGACAAUGUUUCUGGUUUCACAGCAUUAUGAUAGACGAGGCCAACAUCUUCUUGCUCUAGUUAAAAUCGAUGAAGCUAUUGCGCACACACCAACAGUAAUUGAUUUGUACUCCAUUAAGGGCAGAAUAUUGAAACAUGCUGGUGAUUUACCUGCUGCAGCUGCCUUGGCAGAUGAAGCUAGGUCUAUGGAUCUUGCUGAUCGUUACUUGAAUAGUGAGUGUGUUACACAUAUGCUCCAAGCUGAUCAGGUUGCUUUAGCUGAGAAAACAGCUGUUUUAUUCACCAAGGACGGGGACCAGCAUAAUAAUCUUCAUGACAUGCAGUGUAUGUGGUAUGAACUUGCUUCUGGUGAAAGUUACUUUCGUCAAGGUGAUCUAGGACAUGCACUUAAAAAUUUCUUGGCCGUUGAGAAGCAUUAUUCAGACAUCACUGAGGACCAAUUUGAUUUCCAUUCUUAUUGUCUGCGGAAAAUGACUUUACGGUCCUAUGUGUCAAUGUUGAAGUUUCAGGAUCAGUUGCAUUCACAUGAGUAUUUUCAUAAAGCAGCAAUAGGAGCUAUAAGAUGUUAUGUUAAGUUGCAUGAUUCUCCACCAAAAGCUGCAGUUGAGGAAAGUGAUGAGAUGUUAAACUUGCCUGCUUCACAGAAGAAAAAACUGAGACAAAAACAAAAAAAGGCAGAGGCUCGUGCUAAGAAAGAAGCUGAAGAAAGAAAUGAUGAGGAAACAACUUCUUGGACAUCUAAAUCUGGCAAGCGGCAAAAUGCCAGACCAGUUGAUUUAGAUCCUCAUGGUGAAAAGCUAUUGCAGGUGGAAGAUCCAUUGGCUGAAGCUACAAAAUACUUGAAAUUGCUUCAGAGUAACUCUUCCAGUUCACUGGAAACUCACAUUCUUUCUUUUGAAGUGAAUAUGAGAAAGCAAAAGAUUCUAUUAGCUUUUCAGGCUGUUAAGAAUCUGCUUAAGUUGGACGAAAAUGAUCCAGAUUGCCAUAGAUGUUUGAUAAAGUUCUUCCACAAGAUUACCAGCUAUACUUCUCCAGUGACUGAUACAGAGAAACUCAUUUGGAAUGUAUUAGAAGCAGAGCGACCAAUUAUAAGUCAGUUGCAUGGGAAGCCACUAAUCGAAGUUAAUGAAUGCUUCCUCAAGAUGCACAGAGAUUCAUUGAUGCAUCGAGCGGCAGCAGCUGAAAUGCUGUAUCUUCUUCAGCCGGAUAAGAAGGCUGUGGCGAUUAAGUUAAUUGAAGAGUCGGAAAACAAGCUAGCAGUGGGGAAUUCGGAACUUGGCCCUGUCAACAUAUGGAAACUACAAGACUGCAUUUCAGUCCAUAAAUUGCUCGAGACAGUGUUCAAUGACCAGGGAGCUACUUCUAGAUGGAAGACACGGUGUGCAGACUACUUUCCUUACUCUACAUAUUUUGAAGGUAGCCAAAGCUCUGCUGUUACUAGGAAUGCCAAUAAACACACAGACACUUCGUCAGAAAAUGGACUGGCAGAUUCUCAUUCUUUGAUUGGAAAACUGCAAGCCUUCCAUGACCUAAAAAUUCAAUAGCAUUUCUCAUCAUCUAACUCGAGUUGAAAUGAGUCGCGAGAGGCAUGAGCGGGCGCUUCAAACGAAGAAUGUUGCCGCACUCGUUACUGUGAAAAUAUACGGAGACAACAUGAAUUAUUUUUUGCGUCUGAGCUAGAGCAUCAAAGAUGUUCCACAACCAUUGCACUGUGCAUCUUCAGUUUCUCUUUCAUUCAGGCAUGUUAUACAGGAUUGUAUUACCAGAUGUCUCGUCGGAUAUUGCAGUUGCUUUUUCCUCGCAUCUGACAUUGAUACUAAUUAUUAGUUCUUCAGGUCCAGUAGCAAAAGUUCUUAGCAUGUUGCAAAUAUAUUCAAGUUGCAGGGUUGAGUAAUCUUAACUAGAAACUUUUGCACUCCGUUUGAUCUGUGUUGCUUUUGUUAAGGUUCAACUUUUGGCACGAUUUUGUAUGCGAUUGUCCUUUUUGGAAGAAUAAUGUGUAGAUGUUGAAAGGAUGGUAAUUGUAUGCAAAUCUUGGCUGUUAUGCUGUUUAUUUCCAA